AUGGGAAAGAUCACCUUCUAUGAGGACCGGGGCUUCCAGGGUCACUGCUAUGAGUGCAGCAGCGACUGUCCCAACCUGCAGAUCUACUUCAGCCGCUGCAACUCCAUCCGGGUGGACAGCGGUUGCUGGAUGCUCUAUGAGCGUCCCAACUACCAGGGGCACCAGUACUUCCUGCGCCGGGGCGAGUACCCCAACUACCAGCAGUGGAUGGGCCUUAACGACUCGAUCCGCUCCUGCCACCUCAUCCCCCAGGUGAGUAUCACCUUCUAUGAGGACCGGGGCUUCCAGGGUCACUGCUAUGAGUGCAGCAGCGACUGUCCCAACCUGCAGAUCUACUUCAGCCGCUGCAACUCCAUCCGGGUGGACAGCGGUUGCUGGAUGCUCUAUGAGCGUCCCAACUACCAGGGGCACCAGUACUUCCUGCGCCGGGGCGAGUACCCCAACUACCAGCAGUGGAUGGGCCUUAACGACUCGAUCCGCUCCUGCCACCUCAUCCCCCAGAGACUAUGGGCCCGUAUGUAUGGUUUCUAG